UGGGUUUUUAGUAUAAUUUUCUUUGUCGUCUGAUUUAUCAUCUUUAAUGUUUGGAAUUUUUAGUUUCCGUAUUACGUCUUGUUAUUUCGAUCCGAACAAAGGGUAGUUGCUUUCUUGGUUUAUAUCAUUUUGGUCCCCUUUUUUGUUCUGUUGAUUGAAAAGACAGGAUAAAAGUACUGUUGGCUUUAUAUUAGCUUUUCUUGAAGGAAGCUAAUUGAUUUUAUGCUGUAAAAAGGGGCAAUUUGUGAAAGGAUAUGAUGCUGGCUUUUGCAAGUCCUUCUUGCUGUAGUGUCCAUACAAGUUCAACUUGUCAUACUUUACUUAGAGAACUAGAGCAAAUAUGGAAGGACAUUGGAGAGACUGAAGCUGAUAAAGACCGUAUGCUGUCGGAGCUGGAGAGAGAGUGUUUGGAAGUUUAUCAAAGAAAAGUUGAAGAAGCUGCAAAUACAAAAGCAUGUCUUCAUCAAUCUGUUGCAACCAAAGAAGCCGAGGUUGCAACCUUAAUGGCUGUUCUUGGUGAACUCAAUAUUAAUUCACUGAUACAGCCAGAGAAGAAGUCAGCGUCAUUGAAGGAGCAAUUAGCAUUAGUUACACCACUUAUUGACGAUUUAAGAGUUAUGAAAGAUGAAAGAGUUAAGCAGUUUGCAGAUGUAAAGACACAAAUCGACAAGAUAACUAGUGAGAUUUCUGGGUAUUCUAGUAUCAUCAAUGCUGUGAGUUCCUUAAAUCGGGAAGAUCACGACUUGUCACUGAGAAACCUCUCCGAAUACAAAUCUCAUCUUCGUACUCUUCAAAAGGAGAAGUCUGAGCGGAUCCAAAAAGUUGUGGAUUGUGUCAAUGAGGUGCACACUUUAUGUAGUGUGCUGGGUAUGGAUUUUGGCAGAACUGUGAGUGAUGUGCAUCCAAGCUUGCAUGCAACAAGCCUGGGACAAUCCACUAACAUCAGCGUCAGCGCAUUGGAAAGUCUAGAACAGGCCAUCUUUAAACUGAAGACGGAAAGAAAAGUUCGAUAUCAGAAGCUAAAAGAUGUUGCUGGAUCGUUGUUUGAGCUUUGGACCUUAAUGGAUACAACCAGAGUAGAAAAGAGCAAGUUAUCCAGGAUCACUUCCGUUCUUCGUCUUUCUGAGGCUGAGGUUACAGAACCAGGUGCUCUUUCUUUGGAGGUUAUUCAACAGAUAUCGACAGAAGUGGAGAGGCUGACCAAAUUGAAAGCAAGCAGGAUGAAGGAGUUGGUUAUAAAAAGGAGAGCUGAGCUGGAGGACAUAUGCUACAAAAACCAUAUCGAUCCUGAUCCAAGUACUUCAACUGAUAAAUCUAGUGCAAUGAUAGACUCUGGUCUUGUGGACCCUUGUGAACUCCUGGCAAAUAUUGAAGCACAAAUAAACAAAGCAAAGGAUGAAGCUUUAAGUCGAAAAGAUAUAAUGGAUAGAAUAGACUGGUGGCUUUUUGCUUGUGAGGAGGAAAACUGGCUUGAAGAUUAUAACCAGGAUUAUAGACGUUACAGUGGUGGAAGAGGUGCUCACAUACACUUAAAGCGGGCUGAACAAGCUAGAAUUAAAGUGACUAAAAUUCCAGUCAUGGUUAACACUCUGAUAAACAAGACACUAGCUUGGGAAGAUGAGAAACAGAAAUUGUUUCUUUAUGAUGGGGUGAGAUUGGUGUCAAUAUUGGAGGAUUACAAAGUGGUCAGACAGCAGAAAGAAGAGUCAAAGAAACGAGCUCGGGAUCAGAAGAAACUCCAAGAUAUGCUGCUGGCAGAGAAGGAAUCUGUAUAUGGUUCCAAACCUAGCCCGAGAAGAAGCAGUAGAUUUAGGAAGUCAAAUGGUUACCAUGGCAAUGGACAUGGAUCUGUUACACCCAGGAACUCAAUGUCUUGUGCAACUCCAGAGCUCUUAACACCCCGUUCCAACUCUACGCGGCACAAUGGUUAUUUUAAGGAAAUGACAAGGCUCUCUACCGUCCCUCUCAACUUCGUGGCUAUGGCUAAAGAAGAUACUGUGUCAUUCUCUUCUAUUUCCUGUUCUGAUGCAGAAUCUCCACCUCAAGAUUAAACGAAGAGAACCAAAAGCACUGGGCAUACAAAAGAUGGAGAUACAUACAUAAAAGAGAACCACAUCUGAUGAAACAAAAUGCCUAAGUAGAAUAUAAUUUUUUUUAUGUAGCGUUUCGCUUUAGCCAUUAUGCUAUAUAUAUUGUUUUUCUCUCUUAUUUGGGGCUAAUACUUUUGAACCGAGGUUUUUCAGAAACAACUUCUCUAUCUCAAUGAGGUAGUGGUAAAGUCUGUGUACAUCCUCCAGACCCCACUUGUGAAAUUUUACUGA